AUGGAGGACACUCAUUUUACCAAAGAUGCAGAAUUGGUAUCCUCUCUGACAGAAAACAAAAAGCUCACCACGAGUAUCAUUGAAAGCGAAGAAAAAAUGAAAUUUGAGAUGACAGAUAUUUGGACUCUUAACGCCACCCUCCCAGAGACUGUCCAUGAAUGUGUGCAAGACCUGAUUUCACAGCGCGCAACUGUUGAGCCAAAUGCGCCUGCUCUUUACGCCUCCAACGGCAAGACCCUUACCUAUCAUGAUUUAGAGGCUUUCUCGGAUAGUUUCGCUCAUAGCUUGAGUCAGAUUAUUGGCCCUGGGUCACUUGUCCCAUUGUGCUUCGAGAAGUCCAUAUGGACAGCGGUAGCAAUGCUCGCAGUUUUGAAAUCUGGAAACGCUUUUACGUUCCUGGAUGUGUCCCAGCCGGAAGUUCGACUGCUAUCAAUUGUGCAGCAGACUCGGGCGAAAGUUGUACUAUGCUCCGUUGGGCAUCAAGAUCUUGGAUUGAGCUUGAUGAACUUGAAGGACGGAAAUUGUGAUAAUGUGGCCGCCACCCGCCUGUAUUCUGAUAUCGAUGUUCUCAUUGUUGCACCACGCAGAACAGCUGAGAUAUCAACUGCUGGUAACCACCAGGAGCAAACUCACCAACCAAAACCCGAAUCAACUUGCUACGUCGUUUUCACCAGCGGGAGUACUGGAACGCCAAAGGGCGCAGUCAUUUCCCAUUCGAGCAUCUGUUCUGCUAUUCACUAUCAGCUCAACCAGCUGGGUUUCUCAUCAAACUCGCGUGUGUUUGACUUUGCAUCACACAGCUUCGAUGUGGCCGUACACAACAUGUUAGCUACCCUUGUUAGCGGAGGCUGCUUGUGUAUACCUACUGAAGAAGAACGAAUUCAAGAUCCAGCUGGUGCUAUAGCUGCCAUGGAAGUCACUCUUGCAAAUUUGACCCCAUCCGUUGCUCGUCUGAUUGACCCGGCUCGGGUUCCCAGUCUGAAAACCCUCAUUUUUCUUGGAGAAACCCUCACGCAAGCCGAAGCUAAGCGGUGGGAAACAUCGUCAACCAAACCGCGGAUCAUAAAUACAUAUGGUCCAGCAGAAUGUACGCCAAUCAGCACGAUUGACCUCAGUAUGGAAUUCCGAGAUGACACAAAGAACAUGGAAAUUGGUUUUGGCGUGGGUGUCUUAUGCUGGGUUGUCGAACCAGAAAACCACGACAUUUUACUCUCGCCGGGAAAAGUAGGAGAGCUUCUACUAGAAGGACCGGUGGUUAGUGAGGGAUACUUAUUCGAACCAGAGAAGACGGCCAAGGCCUUCAUAUCAAGUCCUUUGUGGCUUCGCCAACACAGGCCAUCUAGCCGUCUCUACGCGACCGGCGACUUGGUGCAGCACAACGAGGAUGGCAGUCUUCGAUUUAUGGGUCGCAAAGAUACCCAAGUGAAAAUCCAUGGGCAGCGCGUUGAGUUAGGUGAAAUUGAGUAUCAUGUUCAGUCUUGUUUUCCUAGCGCGGUGCAAACGGUCGUCGAUUCUGUACCCUCGGCGACUGGGAAAUCUCUGGUUGCUUUCUUGCAGGUUGCCAGCAGCCAAGAGGAGGUUGCUGAGAUGAAGAUUACUCGACCAUGCGAAACUUUGACAAGCGAACUUUCGUGUCGAUUGCCCAAUUUCAUGGUUCCCCAGAUCUAUAUCUUGGUUCCAAGCAUCCCGCGCACCCCAUCGGGAAAAACCGAUCGCAAGGGGUUGAGAGAAUCUGGCACUCGACUGCUCAACUCCCAGCCUCAUCAUUCUUCGAUCGGCACAGAAUUGGAGCCCCGGUCAGAGGCCGAACAAACGGUGCAGCUCCUGUGUGGAAUUGUGCUCCAAAAAGGUCCGGAGAGCAUUGAGUUGGACCAUUCAUUCUUAACGAUCGGCGGAGACUCCCUAAUGGCCAUCCAACUGGUGGGAGAAGCGCGUAAAGAAGGAAUUCAGUUGCGAGUGGUGGAUGUGAUGAAUCCGAAAAUCACACUGCGUGAGUUGGGUCGCUUGGUCAUCCCCGUGACUGACCAAGACGCACCUGCAGUUCCUCCUCCCUUUUCCUUGACUGAGCAUCAUGACUUCGAAGAUAUUCAAGAAAUUGCGCGUAUCUGCGACAUUGACCCAUCAUCGAUCGAAGAUGUAUAUCCAUGCACGCCGCUCCAGGAGGGACUGUUCGCGUUGGCGAUGCAAAGGCCGGGUGACUAUAUCUUGCAGACAACACUCUCACUUGAUGGUUUGAAGGGGGAAGCUGUCCAGAGAUCAUUGGAAAAACUUUACAAUGAGACACCAAUCUUGCGGACGCGAAUUGUGCAAAACAAGCCUGGAGGUCUCGCCCAAGUUGUCAUCAACCACGAAGAGAACAGUAUCCAGUGGACUCGGAGAACAGAUUUGCAAGAAUAUCUAGAAAUGGAUAGGUCCGACCCUAUGGAAACUGGAAGAGCAUUGACGCGAUUUGCGCUCAUCGGAGAUGCAGACGAUGCGAGUGCAUCAAAAUGGAUUGCGAUCACUCUCCACCACGCUCUCUAUGACGCAUGGUCUCUGGAUUUGAUGCUGAAACGACUCGAGGCCCUUUAUCUUCGUGAGCUUGGCCAUAGCUCCCCAGUACUUCCGUCCAAGUCGCAAUUCAACUCUUUCCUGAGGUAUGUUGGAGAGCCAAGAUCUGUCUCGAUAGCAAAUGAGUAUUGGCGAAAGACCCUUGAUCACACGGAAUCUGUUCAGUUCCCUGCGCUUCGAAAGAACGAGCAGAGCCCUGUACAAAAGACCUCAACCAUGGAGUUUCAUUGUCAGCUACAAGAUAGUGCCCGAUCUUCUCAGGCCACCCUUUCAACAAUCAUCAGGGGAGCAUUGGCCAUUGUUAUUUCACGCCACACUCAAUCUUCAGAUAUCACCUUUGGAGCUACUGUGUCAGGCAGACAUGCCCUCGUCACAGGUAUUGAGGAAAUUGUCGGGCCAACAAUUGCCACAAUCCCUAUAAGAGUUCAGCUGGAUGAUAUUGAGACAACCACGGUGCUCGAAUUACUGCAACAUCUCCAGAAUCAAGCCACCCAGAUGAUUCCCUUUGAACAGAUCGGACUUCAAAACAUUGCUAAGCUGAGCGAGAGUGCAAGACAAGCCUGUGAUUUCCAGACGCUGCUCGUUAUUCAGCCAGAAGAGCGACAAGAUAGGCAACAGAGCAAAAUGUCCUGGUAUACUGAGACAGAGCAGCUUAGUACAUACGCACUCACGCUCGAGUGCUUUAUCCGCCUCGACAGCAGUAUUCAAGUUCGGGCCAGGUAUAAUCCCGCCGCUCUUGAUGCCUGGCAUUUGAAGAUGAUCCUGGAGCAGUUGAGUGGGACCAUCAAACAGCUUGUCGAUGUCAAUUCUGCCAGUAGGCCUCUGCAAGAGAUUGACUUACUUCCUGCACACCAAAAAUCCUUGAUUUCGAAGUGGAAUGGCACUGUUCCAACUGGAGUUGACAGAUUCAUUCAUGAGCUUAUUCGAGAGCAAGUCACUCAACAGCCAGAACGCCCCGCCAUCUCUGCUUGGGAUGGGACAUUUUCAUACCGAGAGUUGCACGAAUAUACAGAGAAUUUAGCUGCACACCUCCAGUCGUUAGGUGUGCAAAAAGGAUCAUUGGUUCCAAUAUGCUUUGAAAAAUCUUUGUUCGCAGUUAUUUCAAUGCUGGCCGUGCUGAAAGCUGGCGCUGGAUUUGUUCCCAUUGAGCCAUCACUCCCGCCCGGUCGACGUCAGAAUAUUUUGGAGGAUACUUCAGCGCAGCUGGUAAUUGCAUCUCUCCAGCAUGCAAAUAUCUUUCACGAAAGCUUCGAUGGCCAUGUGUUUGUAUUAAGCUGGGAUGUCCUGGAAACGUCAAUGUCAAAUCAUGGCCACGGUCUCAAAAGUCAGUACUCCAACGACACAGCGCCCUCAAGCUCGGUCGCAUAUGUGAUCUUCACUUCGGGGACAACCGGCAGACCCAAGGGUGUUGUUGUAGAGCAUAAAGCUGCCAGCUCUAGCUGUACUGCUCAUGGUCGUGCUCUUGGCUUCUCUCCUACCAGUCGCGUUUUGCAAUUUUCCUCCUAUGCUUUCGAUGCUUGCAUCGCCGAAAUCUUUACGACACUCAUUUUUGGAGGGUGCAUUUGUAUUCCGUCCGAUAGUGACCGAUUGUCACGACUACCUGAAGCUAUUAAUUCGCUGGGAGUCAAUUGGGUCUUCCUCACCCCCGCCGUGGCUCGCUUAAUCGAACCGACUGCCGUAACCUGCGUCAAAACAAUCACGAUCGGAGGCGAAAAGUUCUCUUCAACGGAUGCCGAAAGAUGGUCUUGCGAUGGUCGUCGGGUAAUUCUCGUGUAUGGACCGACCGAAUGCUGUGUCUAUUGUUCUGGACAUGAUCUUGAGGAUGGCGUUGAUUCUCGCUUCAUCGGCGUCCCAUUCGGAUGCGUUGUCUGGGUGGCGGACCCGAAUGACCACAACCAACUGGCUCCUCUGGGUUCUAUUGGCGAACUUCUGAUUGAAGGCCCCAUUUUGUCUCGCGGGUAUCUCAACGCCCCCGAUAAAUCCAAAGAGUCGUUCGUUACCGAUCCCGCUUGGCUGGUAGAAAGAGGCCGCCAGGCAAGGCUUUACAAAACCGGCGAUCUCGUCCAAUAUUCUCCGCGAUCUUGCGAGGAUGGGAGCCGACUGAGAUAUGUUGGUCGUAAAGAUACACAGGUGAAGAUUCGAGGUCAGAGAUUGGAACUGGCCGAAGUUGAACAUCACGUCAAACAAUGCAUCGCCGCGAAGCAAGUCGUCACCGAAGUCGUCAACCCCGGUGACACGAAGUCCAGUGAACUGCUUGUCGCAUUCAUUGAAAUGCCAGUGCGAGCUCUCUCAAUUUCGAACCGUGUUCAAGAGGAGGUAUUGGAGAACAAUGAUAAUGUCUCCGCCACCAUCUUUUCUCCGUCUCCUGACAUGGAGCAACAGAUUGUCCAAAAACUUCCCAAGUACAUGGUCCCGGAGUUGUACUUUGCCAUGACGGGCUCGAUACCCCGGAUGGUUUCUUCUGGGAAAACCGAUCGGAAACUUCUGCGACAGCUGGGUGCAACGCUUGUUCAGCAUCACAGGGCUACGACUGAGGAUUCCGAAUGCAAGAAGCGUGCACCCUCCAGUGAAGACGAACAUCGAUUACAACGCCUCUGGAUGCGCGUCUUGAACAUACCGAAUGAGGAGCAGAUUGGCAUCGAUGAUAGCUUCUUCCAACUGGGUGGGGAUUCGAUCAUGGCUAUGAAACUCGUGGCUGAAUCAAGGAAGGACAUGUUGACCUUGACUGUCGCAGAUGUCAUGAGAUGCUCUACAAUCGCCGCCCAGGCUCAAUUACAAGGGCAACUGAGUCUUUCUAGCAACUCGUCACACGAUUAUCAAGUUGAACCAUUCUCUCUAAUCUCCUCCGAGGUGCAUAUGGAGUCACUUGCUUCAGAACUCCGCCUGCCCUCCGGCGCGGGCAUUCAAGAUGUGUACCCUUGCUCGCCAUUGCAAGAGGGAAUCAUGGCGUUGGCCUCAAAGAAUCCUGGAGACUACGUUUUGCAAAAUGUUCUUGAGCUUUCUGCUGAUGUCAAAAUUGUUUCUUUCAAGAAGGCAUGGGAAGAGACACUUCGAUUGACACCAAUUCUACAAACAAGAAUUGUCUCCCAUCAUGGCCUUGGACUCUUACAGGUUGUCCAACCAGAGAAAAUUGAUUGGGUAUACCGAGACAACGAGGAUGUUGAGGCAUACUUACAAGAGAGUAAGCUUGCCCCAAUGGGACUUGGUCAGCAAUUAUCUCGCUUCGCUCUCCUUGGAUCGCCUAGUCAGCCGCGGUACUGUGUCUGGACUCUGCAUCAUUCAUUGUACGAUGGAUGGACCUUGCCGUUAAUCACAGAUUUGGCUAGCUCCAUAUACUCAGGGGAAUCGUUCACUCCCCAGAGGGCACAAUUCAAGAAUUUCAUCAAGUACAUUGAGCAGAAUAAAGGAGCCGAAACAAACGCCUACUGGCAACACACACUUGACAACCAUGAAGGAAGUCCCUUCCCCCCUUUGCCACCCCAUGUUCGGGAACCGGUCGCAGACAUGAUGAGGGAACAGGAUAUCUCCCUUCUCGCUACCAAAUCUUCCGAUAUUUCGACUUCGGCCCUACUGCGUGCUGCACUGGCGUUGGUCAUGAGUCGUCACACCUCGUCUCCUGACAUUGUGUUCGGGGCAACGAUGUCCGGUCGUAAUGCGCCAAUCCCUGGAAUUGCUAGUAUCGCGGGGCCUACCAUUGCGACCGUGCCAAUUCGAAUGAAAGGUCUUUCUUCUUCGAGUGCCACAACAGUCUCCAGGUGGUUGCGUGAUGUGCAACAACAAGCCAACGGAAUGAUUCCCUUCGAGCAAACGGGUCUGCAGAACAUCGCUCGGUUGAGCCCUAGCUGCCAGAGUGCCUGCCAAUUCCAGACCUUACUAGUCAUUCAAGCAGAUAGUCAGACUCUUGCCUCGUCCCAAAAAUCCGCUUUUGGAACAUGGCAAACAGCAGAGGACCAGAGUGGGUUUACCACAUACGCACUGACAUUGGAAUACCUGCCACCAACGAGACCAAGUGAAAUGGGCAGAUUCAGGGCAAGAUUCGAUUCCCGAGUUAUCAGCUGCUGGGCAGUAGAGAAACUCUUAGCCCAGUGGGAAUAUGCAGCAAACCAACUAGCAGCGGCAGCUAUCAGGGACACGGACCAUGAGAUGGGUACUUUACUUGCGGAUCUUGAUCUUUUGCCAUCCCAAGACCGUGCUGUGCUCAGUGAAUGGAACAUUUCAUCACCACCCCCAAGUGUGAUUGAACGGUGCGUGCAUGCAAUGAUAACCGACCAAGCUCAGGCCAGACCAACCGAAUUCGCAAUUGAAGGUUGGGAUGGAAAGCUCACCUAUCAAGAAUUGAAUAUCUCUGCCGAUCGUCUCGCUGAGCAUCUUAUUGAUCUUGGUGUAGGGCCAGAAGUACUUGUUCCUCUAUGCUUCCCCAAGUCUAGCUGGACCAUCGUGGCCAUCUUGGGUGUUUUGAAGGCGGGAGGUGCUUUUGUUCUCCUGGAUCCAACUCAUCCGACAGAACGGCUAUGCAUGCUAUGUGAGAAGAGUCGGGCCACAGUGGCGGUUGCUUCCUCCUCUUCGACAAGUGACAGAAUCCGGCCUUUCGUCGAGACUGUUAUCAUAGUGGAUAAAGGGAUCACCAGACGACACUGGAACGCACCAACUAUGAUUCCUGCAUCUCCCAACAUCUCUCCUCCGAAUUCAGCUUCCCCAUCGUCCUCCUUCAGCAUGCAAAUGGUGUCUCCCAGUAACACGGCCUACGUGAUCUUUACAUCUGGCAGCACUGGAGCCCCCAAGGGAUGUAAAAUCGAACAUCGCUCCUACUGCUCGGCGGCGGUUAACCACGGCUCCGUCCUCCAGAUGUCGCCCCAGCUUCGCACAUUGCAGUUUGGCUCAUAUAGCUUUGCCGGAGCAAUAAUGGAGAUCCUCAUGACUCUCAUCCAUGGUGGCUGCGUCUGCGUUCCCACUGAAGAAGAGAGAAAUCCCAGUCUUUUAGGAAAUGCAAUUCAACGACUGAACGCCAAUUGGGCUUUCCUUACCUCCACUGUCCUCAGCUCCCUUCGCCCAGAGAUGGUAUCAUGCCUCAAGACUGUCUGUGUCGGCGGAGAAGCCGUUCAUGCUGCGCAAAUCACCCAAUGGUCAAACAAGGUCCAUCUUCGACAAACAUACGGGAGUGCUGAAACAUCCGCCGUUGUUUCUUCUGCACGUCUGACCCAAGAUGCAGCCACGGGAGAUGUUGGCAAACCGACAACUGGUAGAUAUUGGAUCGUGGAUCCAACGAACGUGGACAGGCUCGCGCCUCUGGGUGCCGUGGGUGAGGUCCUUAUUGAGGGACCCACUAUUGGCCGGGAGUAUUUGGAUGAGCCCGAGAAAUCGGCUGCAGCGUUCAUUCAAGUACCGAGCUGGAGAACAGAUAUCUUCGGUGGUGCAACGACCGUUUCGAAGUUUUACAAAACAGGAGAUUUGGGCUCUUACACCCAAGACGGGGCAAUCAAACUCUGGGGAAGGAGAGAUACCCAGGUAAAACUCAGAGGCCAGCGUAUUGAGAUCGGCGAGAUCGAACACCAGGCUCGGUUAGCCUCCGACGUGGUCAAGGAGGUUGCUGUUGAGAUUGGCAUUCCAAAAAGCGGCGAUGGCAAAAUAACACCUAUUCUGGUUGCAUUUUUCGUCUUGCAGGCAAAGUGUGAGAGCGAGAAAGAAGGACGUACCAUUAUGACUAUUGUGCGGCAGCGGCUGCAGGACACCCUUCCGCAGUAUAUGGUUCCAUCGGCCUUCCUAGUGCUUUCAGAAAUGCCCAAGACGAUUUCCAGAAAGACCGACCGCCGGGCCUUGAGAGAACUCGCCGCUUCUUACAAGCGAGAGGAACUUUUGACACUGGGUGCCUGUGACGAUGAGCCGAAGCGACCACCGACAGCAGGUAAAGAGAGAAUGAUGCAAACUGUCUGGUCUCAUGUGCUAGCAAUCGACCCGACACGCAUUGGCGCAGACGAUGAUUUCUUUCAGCUCGGUGGCGAUUCCGUCUCAGCCUUGAAGCUCGUUGCUGAAUCCCGCCGGGUUGGUCUUGUUCUUUCAAUAAGCGAUAUUUUUACCAAGCGAAUACUGGCAAGCCUAGCAAGCACCGCUGAAACUGCACCUUCAGCGAAGAAUAUUUCCAUUGAAAAGUUUUCCCUGCUGGAAAACAGCAAGUUCAAUGAUGCAACAGAGCUACGAGGUGAGCUAGCUGCAUCUUGUGGUGUGAAGAGUGUUCAAAUUGACGACGCAUAUCCAUGCACUCCACUUCAAGAAGGCCUGCUUUCCCUGACCCUGAAGCAGCCGGGCGACUACGUUCUACAGAAUGUGCUUGAGCUGUCUGAUAAAUUGAAAUUAGAGGACUUCCGAGCCGCAUGGCAGCAGACCGUAUCAGCCGUCUCUAUACUCCGCACUCGAAUUCUUCAGCACAAUGGCCUUGGUCCCGUCCAGGUGGUGAUUAAUGAGGAGAUUGAUUGGCGACGAACAUCCGAAGACCUGAAUUCGUUUUUAUCCCAGGAUAAGAUUCAGCCCAUGGACUUUGGACUUCCUCUGUCACGAUUUACCUUGGUAGGAGAUCAAAACGGGGACAUUCGUUGGUUCGUCUGGACUGUGCACCAUGCGUUGUACGAUGGCUGGUCAUUGCCUCUGAUUAUAGAUAUGAUCACUGACACAUACUUAUCCCGUGCCACCCCAUCACGUAAUGAGUUGGCACCGUUUGUCAAGUACUUACAAGAGACCAAGUCUGAAGAGGCCCAGCAGUAUUGGGGCUCGGCCCUUGCGAACUACGAGUCCGUUGCCUUCCCAAUGCUAGCAACCCCUUCUCAGAUGCCGACAGCAAGCUGUGCAAUAGAACGGACUGCUUACUUGCCGCAAACGAAAAUCGAUUCGCAAGUACCUUUGGCCACGUUAAUCCGUGCCGCUUUAGGAAUCACCAUCAAUCGCCAAACCAGGACGAACGAUAUUAUCUUCGGCGCGGUGUUGUCUGGACGCAACGCGUCUGUUCCAGGCAUUGAAGCUAUUAUCGGACCGACCAUCACAACUGUACCAAUUCGGGUGCAGUUUCCCAAUGAUCAGUGUGUCGGUGAAUAUUUGAAUGGAUUGAAGCAGCAGUCAAUCGACAUGAUUCCAUUCGAGCAGACUGGCUUGCAGGAUAUUGCCAAAAUCAGUCCAAGUGCAUGCGAGUUUCAGACGCUCCUUGUAAUCCAUCCCGCAGAGCAAAGACAGGAUUCCACCCAGAAUGACGCUUUGGGGACUUGGUUGACGGAUGCUGAUCAAAACGGCUUCACCACUUACGCUCUGACAUUGGAAGUCUUCUUACCUGCCACAGGCGAGAGCGAUCUUCGAAUCAGAGCCUGCUUCGAUGAGAGCUUUAUUGGCGAGUGGGAGACGAGUCAAUUACUUGACCAAUUCUUUAUAGUUCUGCAGCAACUGGUUGAUGCUACCCCGCAGAAGAUUGUAUCGGAUAUCGCGGUAAUGACGGCAAAGGAUCAGGCCAAAAUAUGGAGCAGCAACCAGUUUGUUCCCCAGUCAGUGGAUCGAUGCGUUCAUGACCUCUUCAGAGAACGUACGGCUAUCCAACCCCAUGAAAUCGCCCUGUCGGCUUGGGAUGGAGAAGCGACAUAUGAGGAACUUGAUAUUCUCUCCGAUCGACUAGCGACGUGCUUGGUCGCACAUGAUGGCUAUCAUAUCGGUGCGAUCAUCCCUCUCUGCUUUGAAAAGUCGAUGUGGACUGUGGUAGCCAUGCUUGGGUGUAUGAAAUCCGGCCUGACGGCGGUUACAAUGGAUAUCACACAGCCGGUAGAGCGACUACAACUUAUUGUACAACAAAUCGGUUCUCCGCCUUUCAUGCUUUCAUCUGUUCAAGCAGAGGCCCUUGCAUCGGAGCUCUUGUCUGCGGACUCGGUUACAUUGGUUGGGCCAAAUCUCAAGAAACUGGCUUCUUCUCAUUCCAGCCAACUUCCCUUGGUUGAUCCAUCUACUCCUGUUUGUGUGGUCUUUACCUCCGGCAGCACGGGUGUACCCAAGGGACCCGCUCUCACGCAUACCGGCUUUGCUUCGGCCAUCCAUCACCAAGCCAAAACAUUUGGCCACGGCCCUGGAGCCCGUGUAUUUAAUUUCGCGUCCUACAGUUUCGAUAUUUGCUGGUUCGAUAUACUCCAUGGCCUUGCUAGUGGCUCAACACUAUGCAUACCAUCAGAGACAGAGCGAAAAGACGACCUCGAAGCCACAAUAGCUCGUUCCGGCGCUACUGUCCUAUUCGUGACUCCAUCUGUCGCGCGUAUGUUAAGACCAAGUGCAAUUCCUAGUCUCCGUCUUCUUGCAUUGGGAGGCGAGCCACAAAGGUGGGAUGAUUUUCGACACUGGCCCGAUCGUGUCACCAAGCUCAGUGUUUAUGGUCCGGCGGAAGAUCCCAUCGAACCAUACCGAUUAGUUCCUUUGGGUGCCGUGGGAGAGAUCUGGCUCGAAGGUCCUCUUGUUGGCGCAGGAUAUAUCGGGGAUGAGGAAAAGACCGCGGCCGCGUUUAUUGAGGAUCCAGACUGGUUGCUUGAAGGAGGGGGGCAAGCCUGUAUCCCCGGGAGACGAGGCCGACUUUACAGGACAGGUGACAUGGCCCGAUAUAGCUCUGAUGGACACCUGUUCUUCAUGGGUCGAAAGGAUACCCAGGUCAAGAUUCGGGGACAACGAGUUGAACUCGCUGAGGUUGAACAUCAUGUUCAUCGGGUCAUGCUAGGCUCGGGUCGGCAGGUCGUCGCUGAGAUCAUCACGAUGGCGAGUGAAAGGAACGAUGCUAGCCCGAUGCUGGUAGCCUUUGUUGAGCGGGAGACUUCGGAAGAUGCUGAAAAUGAAAUGGACGGCCGAGAUGAACUCAAUAUGAAGCUUGUCUCCAUCGAGUCCAAAAUCAUUAAUGAGUUGCUCAACAAACUGCCUAGCUACAUGGUUCCAAGAGUCUACUUCUCCGUCUUGUCAAUUCCACGAACUGUCAAUGGCAAGACAGACCGGAAACUACUUCGGCAAAUGGGCUCGCAGUUCUCAAUCCAACAGCUGGCCGAGCUAAAUGCUAGAACUGAACAGACAAAACCACAACCCACCACUAGUGCCGAAUUAUGUCUCCAGCGACUCUGGGCGCAAACUCUCAAUCUUCCUGAAGAGAGAGUUGGAAUAGACGACAAUUUUUUCCAGUUGGGAGGAGACUCAAUUUCUGCCAUGCGCUUGGUCGGUCUGGCCCGCACUGAAGGGAUUCCAAGCCUGACCGUGGCAGAGGUUUUCCGCCUCCCUUCGCUGUGCGAGCUAGCACGAUUGCACGUUCCUGUCAAGAGUGUUGAUUUGGAAAAGGAUCAACCAGUUACGCCAUUCUCCUUGCUUCCUCGAUCUAUUGAUCCCGAGAUAAUUUGCAAGGAGCUGAGCAGUUCUUUUGGUAUAUCCCAUCAUGUUCAGGAUUUAUAUCCCUGCACUCCGCUCCAGGAAGGUCUGCUCGCCUUGACAUCCAAGAACGCCGGCAACUACGUAAUGCAAAGCGUGCUGGAACUACCUCAAUCAGCUGAUUUCCAGCUGGGGGCUUUCAAAUCAGCAUGGGAUGAAAUUUUCAGAGCCACAGAUAUCCUCCGAACACGUAUUGUUGAGCACCAUCAGCUUGGGCUCGCUCAAAUUGUCACCACUUACAAUGGCAUCGAAUGGUUGGAAUCCCGCACAGAGAAUUUGGAAGCCUACCUCCGCGAAGACAAGCUGGUUUCUAUGGGAUUUGGUCAGCCAUUGACACGCUUUGCCUUGGUUGGAUCACAAGAGGCUACUCGCGGCCCUAAAUGGUUUGUCUGGACAGUUCACCAUGCACUUUAUGAUGGGUGGUCGCUGCCGAUAGUUACUGAAAAGGCCGCCACAAUUUAUCGUCGUCUCAUCAGUUCCGCUUAUCAAUUCGAGGAUUCGCCUCCCGUCGCAAAGUUCAGCGCCUUUGUUAAAUACGUGCAAAGUCAGAAGACGGAUGUAAAUCUACGGAGCUACUGGGAACUUGCCUGCACAUGUGGAGAGGAUAUUACGGCCUACCCUCCACUGCCGGCUUCUGUGUGCCAGCCCAUGACUGAUCAAACUCUUGAACAAGCCUGUCCGUUGGCUUCGUCAGUUCAACGAUCGAUUACCAUCUCAACUCUCGUUCGUGCGGCUUUGGCGCUUCUCAUCAGUCGACGAACCGGAGCCACGGACGCUAUUUUUGGCGCUAUUGUUUCUGGACGUAAUUCUCCCAUCCCAGGAAUCGAGCACAUUGAGGGCCCAACCAUUGCUACCGUCCCCCUUCAGAUUCCCGUCCCUGAGAUGUGUAAAGUGGGUGACUAUCUAGCCCAGGUGCAGCAACAAGCCACGGAGAUGAUUCCCUUCGAGCAAACUGGGCUACGGGCGAUCGCAAUGGUGAGCGAACAAGCUCGUCGGGUUUGUGAAUUCCAAACUCUGCUGGUUGUACAAUCCCCAGAUCAAUCAGUGGAAGGGGAGACCCAAAAGGACUACGGUACUUGGCGCACCGAUGCCAACCAACAAGGCUUCACGACUUAUGCCUUGACCAUUGAGUGUUUUCCCAUGAAAGACCAGCCAGGAAUGACCUUCCGCGCAACCUUCGAUUCUCGCGUGAUCGAUACCUGGCUGGUGGAGAGACUUUUGGUUCAAUUAUCAUUCCUUGUGCAGCAACUAGACAUGGUCGACCCGGAAAGUACCUUAGCGGAAGUUGAGACACUGCCCUGUGAGGAUGAAGAAAUGAUUUGGAAUUGGAAUAAGUCUGUACCGGAGAAAAUCGACCGUUGUAUCUACGAGCAGCCAAACGCACCAGCUGUAUGCGCAUGGGAUGGCGACUUCAGCUAUCACCAACUGAACGAUCUCGCCGAGCGACUGGCAUUCACUCUGCUAGCGGUCGGCGUUACACCAGGGCAAAUUGUCCCAUUGUGCUUUGAAAAAUCCAAGUGGACAGUAGUCGGUGUUUUGGGAGUCUUGAAAGCAGGCGCAGCUUUUGUCUUCCUGGAUGCAGAAACACAACCCGAGGCACGACUACGCGCGAUUACCCAUCAAGCAAACGCAAGCGUGAUUUGUUCUUCUCUUGCCCAUCAGAGCCUUAGCCGCAGUUUCGGCGCCGCGGUUGUUGUGGUGGGCCCUGAAUCUCUGACCGCAGUCCCUACGCCUCUUCCGCGGGUGGACCCAGCCAAUCCGCUAUACCUCAACUUUACCAGUGGAAGUACCGGUCAGCCAAAGGGAGCCAUAGUCCCUCAUCGAAGCUUUGCCUCGGCGCUGCAUCAUCAGUUGGGACCGCUCAACAUCAACCGUGGCACGCGUCUAUAUGACUUUGCAUCCUACAGCUUUGAUGUAGCCAUUCACAAUGUGCUCGCCACCCUCUCCGCUGGUGGGUGUCUCUGUGUGCCAUCCGAUAUGGACCGCAAGACCAGGUUACCCGAAUCUAUGGAGGAGAUGCGGACAAACUAUGUUGAUCUCACUGCGUCUGUCUCGCGCCUUCUUGACCCGCGGGAUGUCCCAAGCCUUCGCACGUUGACACUUGGAGGUGAGCCAGUGAGCCAAGACGAUGCCGAGAGGUGGUGGGGAAAUAUUGAGUUGAUUAAUUCAUGUGGUCCAUCAGAAUGUACCCCAAUGAGUGUCAUUAACGCCGAACCUAGCAGCCCGACGGCCCUGCGCCGUAUUGGUCUGGGUAAGGGCAUGCUGACCUGGAUCGUGGAUCCCACCAACCAUCAUCAACUACUUCCAGUCGGCCAGGUUGGUGAGUUGGUUCUAGAAGGCCCGCUUCUCGGCGCUGGCUAUCUGAAUGAUCCCAUCAGGACCGAAGCAACUUUCAUUGAGCCCCCACAGUGGCUGGCAUCCCGCCGUUCAUCACCAACUCGCGUGUACAAAACCGGCGAUCUCGUCCAGUAUUGUGCAGAUGGAAGCCUGCACAUCGUUGGUCGUAAAGACACUCAAGUAAAGGUCCGCGGGCAACGGGUUGAACUGGAGGAAGUGGAACAUCAUCUACGACUCCUUCUGCCGCAAGAUGCCAAAGUCACUGCUGAGGCGGUUGUGAUGGAGCCUUCAGCCACUCUUAUCGCAUUUAUCUGCCUCGACUCCCAGUCCACCAGCUCAAAUGCUCAGGUGAGCGACAAUCAAAUGCCCAAAAUUGCUGCCAUGGCCAGUGACCUGGCAGAAAAGAUGUCACACCCUCUUCCACCUUACAUGGUGCCCUCGCUUUAUGUGCCCCUCGUCGCCAUGCCGAUGACUGCGACCGGCAAAACAAACCGAAAAGAACUUCGCGCACUUGCAUCCUCGCUCUCUCGUGAGCAACUCGACCUUAUGAGAGGCUUACCUACAACUAAGCAGCCCCGCCGCCAGCCGGUCACUCCGUUGGAACAUCAUCUACAGAGCCUGUGGGCUCGAAUCUUGCAUAUGCCGCAGGAAAUCGUUGGACUCGAUGAUAAUUUCAUUGCGCUUGGUGGGGAUUCUAUCACAGCUAUGCAAGUUGUUGGUGGAGCUCGCAAACAAGGACUCAAAUUCUCCGUCGCGGAUAUAUUUCAGCAGCGGACGAUCGCAGCGCUCAUUGUGAAUUGUGUCUCGGAUGUGGAAGAGGAAGCAGACUUGAUAUACAAGCCCUACAGUCUGCUAGACGAUGCUGAUAGGCAGGGAAUUUUGUCGACUAUAUUGCUACCUGAAAAUGUCGAGGAUAUCCUUCCAAUGACUGAUUUCCAAGUCCAGAGCGUCAAGCAGCCAUGCAACUACUUCUACCUUGACAUUGGUACUGUGAAGGUUGAUGAAGGGCUAUUGCGAACUAGUUGUGAGCUGCUUUCUCAACAUUACCCAUUGCUUCGAAGCACCUUCGUGUCUUUCGAGAAAAAUUAUUUCACAAUUGUGCGACAACAGGGACCGCCGGCGUUUGCCAUCGUCGACACUAAAAGUUCUCUGGAUAAAGCCUGCACCGCCAUCUGUGAACAGGAUUCUCGCCGCGGACUUUCCCCAAAUGAACUUCACACUAAAUUCAUUCUUGUUCGCAGCCAUCCUGACACCCAGGAGACCGAACUCUCGCGGCUUAUCGUUCGCCUCUCACAUGCGCAGUACGAUGGUCUUUCUUUGGCAUCCAUGCUACAAACCCUAGCGGACGUUUACGAUGGCAAAGUACAGCACCCUCGAAUUUCAUCACCCAACUCAUCUUUCCCUCCUUACCUGGCCCACCUGAUUAGCCAGCGCGACCAGUCGCGUUUACAUUGGACUCGCCGUAUGACCGGUUCAAGCAACACCCCGGUUUCCUCGUCUCUUUCCAACAACCAGCCCUCCAGUUCCCCUUCAAAGUCACAGACCUUCCACAAGAUUCAAGCAGAGGAAAAUGUCACACUUCCCAAACAGAACUUUGAUCAUGUUCCUCACUCAGCUCUUAUUAGUUCUGCUUGGGCGAUUUUGCUAUCUUGUAUGACCGGCCACAAUGACGUCGUGUUUGGUCACCUCGUCGCGGGUCGUGAAAAUCCCCAUGCCGCUCACGAUGUUAUUGGCCCCUGUGUCAACAUCAUCCCUGUCAGAGUGCAAGUUCCACCAAAAGACAAAAUGACCGCCUCCAGCAUUCGCGAAAUUCCAAAAAUGAUCCACGACCAAUUGCUUUCUCUGGAGGAAACGGGUUUCAUGAUGGGCUGGCAAAAUAUCAUUCGCUCUUGCACGGACUGGCAUGAUGAAUCUACCGGCAGCAGCCUCUUUUUGGAGUCUUUCGUUCAACAUCAAAAUAUCAACGAGAACCCCGAGAUCAGUUUUGCUGGUAACAGUGCCAAACUCCACUGGUAUGAGAAUCCAGAUGCGUUGGCCACUUUGCCAUUGGGAAUUGUUUCUCAUCCUUCUGCGGGGGGUUUGAGAAUUCGAGUUCUGGGAAGUAGCGAAUUACUCACGGCGCAGCUUGCAGGGAGCCUAGUGAGUAGGCUGUGUCAGAUUGUGAAAAUUCUUGUUAGUGAGGGAUGCGACGAGGCCGGGUCUUUGAUAUGGGAUGCAAUUGGUCCUUGA